CAACCUCACAGCAUCGUCCAGCGGCGCCUGCUGGAGGGAAACAUCACGCGGCUCCGAGGCGAGGCCCGGGACGCCACCGCCAGGGUUCGCUCGCCGUUGGCCGACACCAAGGACGGACCUACGGACACCGAGGAGAGGAGCGAGAGCACAGCAGACGACUCCACCGAGGAGAGGGAGUCUCUGGAGGAGAGCGAGAGGAGCCUCCGAUCAGACGAGGAGGACGAUAACAGCGAGGCCGGAGCCAGACACUCAGCCGAGAAGCCGGAGAGCACGGACAGCUCGACCCGACUCACAGCUUUAAUUAUUCAAUGCAAGUGCUGCGAAACUGAAGUGAAGGCAUCCAUCAACACUGGCAGCCUACACAACCACAUCUCCACCUCCUGCUGCCAGAGGCUGGGACUGGUUCCCAUUAAGGACAGUUCACCAUGCGGUGCUACCAGUUCAGUGACUGGUCUGCAGCUACAGCUGGGCAGACAGACUAUCCAGUGUUCAGCAUAUGUGAAAGAGGAUGAGGCGUCUGAACUGUGCCUGGGUCUGCAGACGCUGCUGGAACUGAAAUGCUGCUUGGAUCUGAACAGUCGGGUUCUGAAGCUUCAAGGCUGUGGCGAUGAGCUGCCCUUCCUGAACACUGUAACCGACGGCCGGUGCCAACACGACACCAACGAAAACCUGUGAGCCGACUCCACGUCAGCUGCCAAGUCUGUCAUCGCUAACGGGCUGCAGCUGCGAGAAACGAAGCCCUUUGUUUUUAUCUGGACUGUCCAAUCACAGUGUCACUGCCAGAACAUGGAUGAGCGUUCACCUCUGUUCUCAAGUUUACAUCUUCAUGUCUGCUGAGUUUUGACUUGAUUUUCUCUUAUAAUUGUCUAGUUAAGCGGAUCUAAACCUGAUCUCUCCAGGUUUUGGGAUAAUGCUGUAUUUCCUCUGUUCUGCUGCUUACUAAAAGAAAAAUAUAACAAUUUGAAGUGAGUUUAUAUUGAAUCUGCUAUGAUUUGAGGAAUCAUGUUGAAUUACACCUCAAUCACAUACUGAGAUUUUUUUCCACUUAGUUUUUUUUCUGUUACAAAAAAUGUCUACAGUAUUGUUAAACCACAAUGACAAAUUAGGGCCAUUGUAGAUAGAACAAAGGAGUAAAUUUUGUAAAAAAAAAAAAAAAGAAGAAAUUUUGA